AUGACUGAAUAUGGCCGAAUAGAUCCGUUCUCUUUCGCAGCCUCUAGGGAUAUUGAGUCUCCAGUCAGCAUUAGAAUCAUUGGCAUAGAUGGAGACGAGCGUCCUGCUAAAUAUUCGACACUCCUUGACAAGCCGAAUGUCCGCCAUAUUGGCUCAAACAACAGAUGGAACGAGUGGCUGCGUUUACCUAUUUCUUACGAGUCCAUCCCAGUUAACUCCCGGCUGGCCAUCACUGUAUGGGAUCUUUCGCCAGAUCAAGGCAUAAACGAUGUCUCUCAUGCUACUCCAUUUGGAGGCACUACCCUUUCUUUGUUUAGUGACGAUAACCAAAUCAUAAGAGGUCGCCAAAAGUGUUACAUUCACAGGAAUAAGCACGCAGAUGGGACGGAGGAUACGACCACACCCGCCAUCGUCGGAAACAAUGGCAAGGGAGUGCCACAGCUGGCUAGCUACGCAGAAGAGCUGGAAAGGAUGGAGAGUCUGUUCAAGAAGCACGAAAUGGGUGAGAUUCCACGAGUAGACUGGCUUGACCAGAUGGUAUUUAGAGGAUUUGAGAAGAAGGGAUUACACGCCGCCAGGCUAUCCACAAAACUGCGCCAGCAGGAUCGCACCGCGAACAAACAUGACAUCAACAAGAAGACCGACGUUCCAAACCACCAUGGCGACUCGCCCGAUCCUUAUACGUGCGUCCUGAACGUGGAGUUGCCGCGAUUUGACUUUCCAGUCGUCUUUGCAGAUCACGAGUAUGAUCCCCCCCCAAUAUCGGCUUUACAGCCCUUAUCUGCUUCGCAAAUGGCAGCGCAAAGGCAACCGGAAGUCCAUUUUGGCCCUGGCAUCAAUGCCAUUGGCGAGAGCUCGGCCGAUAUUGGGUCACGCCUUGUAAUGAUCUAUGACCCUGAAGUGGGACAAAGGGAUAACCCGGCUGAAGCAAAACACCGCCGCCUUUUUCGAAGUUCUCACCGGCACGGUAUCCUCGAUAGAGACCUAAAGCCCAACGCAAAGGUCCGAGAUGAACUGAAUGUCAUAAUGUCCUACCCACCAACACAGAUUUUAACACCAGAAGAGGCAGACCUUGUCUGGAAGUUUAGAUAUCAUCUGACCAAGGACAAAAGAGGUUUGGCCAAGUUUGUCAAGUCUGUUAAUUGGAACGAUCAGAGUGAAUUGAAGCAAGCAAUUCAGGUUCUGAGUCGCUGGACCGAAAUUGAUGUGGACGAUGCUCUUGGCAUGCUAGGGCCAUCUUUUGAUAACCCUACUGUUCGAUCGUAUGCUGUCAAUCGAUUGCGAAAGGCUGAUGACGAUGAGCUACUUCUAUAUCUGCUCCAGCUUGUACAAGCACUUAAAUAUGAGCACAUGUCUACUGACUCGAAUGAAGAAAACAUUCAGGAUUCACCGCUCGCACAGUUCCUGAUUCAACGCGCUGCAGCAAAUUUCAUGCUAGGAAACUACUUCCACUGGUAUCUUAUGGUUGAAUGCGACGAUUUUAGCCCUGAGCAAGAUGUCCGCAAUCGAGAAAUAUAUCGGAAAGUGGCAUAUGAGUUUAUGACAGAACUCAUUAAGCAGCCAGACGGCAAUGACCAUAGGACGACCCUCCUAAGGCAGGCUGAGCUCCUUGCUAUCUUGUCAAGGAUUGCAAAUGACAUUAAGCUAUCAAGCGAGUCAAUCGCUAAGAAAACAGACCGAGUCAAAACAUUCUUUGGAGAUGCAAAGAACGAACUCAUCACCAUCGAUCCGCCACUAGCCAUGCCGCUUGACCCUUCCGUCAAAAUUACCGGCAUCAUACCGGAUCAAGUCACAGUAUUCAAAUCCUCGCUGAAUCCAAUCAAAUGCACCUUUCGAACCACAGCAGGAAGUCAAUAUCCUAUAAUCUUCAAGCUCGGUGAUGAUCUAAGACAAGAUCAACUGGUCAUUCAAAUUAUUACCCUGAUGGACCAGUUACUACAGAAAGAAAACCUUGAUCUCAAACUAUCACCCUACAAAAUCCUUGCAACAAGUACUACGGCGGGUGCCUCUCAAUUUGUCCAGUCACAAAGUCUGUCCAGUAUUGUCAGCAAAUUCAAAAAUAACCCAGCUUUGGCAUAUCUCAAACACCACAACCCAGAUGACCGACAACCCCUGGGCGUGCGUCAAGACACGCUUGAUACAUAUGUUCGAUCCUGUGCAGGAUACUGUGUUAUCACCUAUAUCCUUGGAGUUGGCGACCGGCAUCUUGACAACCUGUUGCUGGCACCAGACGGCCAUUUCUUCCAUGCUGAUUUUGGGUACAUCCUUGGUCGGGAUCCAAAGCCAUUCGCCCCUGUAAUGAAGCUCUCCAAGGAAAUGGUAGACUGUAUGGGCGGAGUACAGUCAGAACAUUACCGCCAAUUUAAGCAAUAUUGCUUUUUAGCCUAUACUGCAUUGCGAAAAUCCUCAAACCUGAUUCUCAACUUGUUUAGUCUUAUGAUUCACGCCAACAUUCCGGAUAUCAGGUUAGAACCAGACAAAGCUGUGCUGAAAGUUAGAGAGAGAUUUCACCUUGAGAUGGGAGAAGAAGAAGCAAUUCUUUACUUUGAACGGGUUAUUGAGGACACAUUAACGGCCUUUGCGCCUGUUGUUAUUGAUAAACUUCAUGAGUGGGCACAGGCUCUCAGGGCUUAA